ACUCUUCGAGUUUGCUCGACCUCGACGCCGGCGCCGUCACCGUCACCUCGCCGGAAAAAAUUACAAGUAUAGCAAGUGAUAAAAGAUCAAGCGUGAACUAUCCGGUACCUUGAAGGUGAUAAAAGUGACCGAUUUUCAGCUUACUAUUUAGGCUGUAAUGAGCUGAUCCAAUUUUCUUCAAUCGAAAAUUUCUGUGCUACCAAUACCAAUGGAAGCAUCGCCAAUUCUCGUCUGUUCAAAGCUACCCUCUUCGUUCGGCUGCAAUGUAUCAAAACUAAACACUUUUUCUUAUAGACCUUUCCACAAACAGUUGGUGAGUAAGUUCUGUAUAAACAACUUACAACAACCCCGAAGAAAUCUUGAAAUACCCAAAUCCCACUUGCGUAGAUCAAUUCCCCUUGGUGAUGUCAAUUCUUCUCUUUCACGGCCAUAUAUUGGUUGGUUUCGAUCGUCGUUACUGUCAGUCCAGUGUUCGGGUUCAUAUUCAAAUGCAGCAGAAACAGAUGGUCCAAACCCGGUAUUUGAAAGCAUAAAGGGGUUUUCUUUGGAGUCACUGAAGAUGGGUUUUUCUCUAUUGACUCCAUUUAAAGUGUUAAAGUGGGGUUUGGUGUUUUCUGUUGCUAUUGCUGCGUCCAAAUGGACGAUGAAUGUACUGAUGAAUCCAUUCUUUUGGAUGUAUUUUAGUAUGACAUGGUUAUAUUGGCCAUGGUUGGUGGCUAUAAGUCUUGCAAGUUAUAGUCUUUAUUGCUUAAACAAGCAUUUACGUGGGGAAGCAAAUGCAUUUGAGCAAUUUGCAAUUGUUACUUCAGCUUUCACUUGGCUUACACUAGUCCCACCUGCACAUUUCAAUGGUUUUCUUGAAGGCUGGCCUGUUGUGUUCUUUUUUGUAUACCAUUAUUUCUUUUUCUUGAAUGUGAGUAUACGAAAACGACUGUAUGGUGAUUAUAACCCAAGAGAGCAUGACCCCAGAUGGGAUAUUAGCCUACCCAAUUGGCAGAAGCUGUUGUUUUGUGUUGGGGUUAUGGUUGGUCAUUGGCUUGCAGCGUUUGAAGGCCCAGAGCUGCAUCUUAUCCCUGGUGGAUGGAACAAUUUGGGUAUUUGGGGUUUGAUUUUGUUGACGUUGUUUAUGCAAUAUCAUUCCACAUUGUAUUUAGCUAAGUACUCAGAGAAGGUGGUUGUGCCUACUGCUGUCGUACAGUUUGGUCCAUAUCGGUUUGUUCGCCAUCCCAUUUAUGCUUCAACCAUGCUCUUGUUUGUUGCUUAUUGUGUUGCUCUUAGGGCGCCUUUGAGUGCUCUCUUCAUUGCUGUCGUUUGCUCCGUCUACUAUGGGAACAAAGCUAAGUUAGAGGAAAGUUUGAUGGUAGAGAACUUUGGGGAGAGAUAUAUGGAGUAUACAAGUAAAGUUAGAUACAAGCUUAUUCCUUAUGUUUAUUAGUGCAAGUCUUGCGAGUUGCAUAAUGUUUUCUAGUGUAAUGUGGAAAAAGAGAAUGAGAAUAUGAACACCUCAAUUGGCUUUUGUUCUGUUGUUUCAAAUGUAGUUUCCUUUUGUUGUUCUUCGUUUGUCGCGAUUUCCUCUUUAUUAAACUUGUGGUUUACAUACUCAAAGCACUUGUGUCCUCCAUGGUGAA